GCCUUUAGCAACACCUGCAUUUACCCAGCUGCUGGUGGGGUGUUCUUGCUCCUCACUGUUGCUGAUGGAUGCUCUUGCCAGCAGCACCCUGGGAUGGCUCUAUGUGGGUGUCACCACUCUUUUUGGGGUGACCAUGCUCUUUGUGGCCAAGAGGAGCCCGAUAGAGAAAAGGAACGUGCUGGUCUGGAGCCUCCUGCCCAUGGCACUGGCGCUGCUGUGCGCGGCCACGCUGGGCGCUGCUGGGGGACUGGGGGUGCUUUGUGCCACGAGCAUCAUCUCCGCUGUGUACCUGGGCGCUAGGACAAUGCUGCCCGUGGGUGACAAAGCUGUGCUCAUCACAGGAAGCGACACUGGGUUUGGACAUGCACUGGCUAAAUACCUGGAUAACUUAGGUUUUGUUGUGUUUGCUGGAGUUUUGAAUAAGGAUGGACCUGGAGCUGAGGAACUGCGACAAACCUGUUCUCGGAGACUCUCUCUCCUGCAACUGGACAUAACCAAUGCCACCCAAGUCAAGGAAGCCUAUGUAAAAGUCUCAGAGAAGGUGCAAAAUACAGGACUCUGGGGAGUGGUGAACAAUGCGGGGGUCCUGGGUUUGCCGGCCGAUGGUGAGCUGCUGCCCAUGAGCAUGUACAGGCAGUGCAUGGAGGUGAACUUCUUCGGGGCUGUGGAGGUGUCCAAGACCUUCUUACCAUUACUUCGAAAAUCCCAGGGGAGGCUGGUUAACAUAUGCAGCAUGGCAGGAGGCAUUCCACUACCAAAGUAUGCUGCGUACGGUGCGUCAAAAGCAGCUCUGUCCAUGUUUUCUGGGGUAAUGAGACAAGAGCUUUCCAAAUGGGGAGUUAAAGUUGCUGCAAUUCAUCCAUCAGGCUUCCGAACAGGUAUCCUGGGUACCUCUGAACUGUGGGAUAAGCAAGAAAAGGAGCUGCUGGAGAAUCUCCCAGCAGACACAAGGCAAGACUAUGGUGAGGACUAUCUCCUGGGGCUGAAGAGCUACCUCCCGCAGCUGGUCCCGCACUGCAACACCGACCUCUCCCCCGUGCUGAGUGCCAUCCUGCACGCCUUGCUGGCCAGGAGACCACACGGCUUGUACACCCCCGGUAGAGGGGCUUAUAUAUUCCUCUGCAUCUUCUGCUACUUUCCCCUCUGGUUCUAUGACUUUUUCAGUAGCAGGAUGCCGAGUACCGAGUCUGUCCCGAGGGCACUGAGAACGUGGGAAGCCGAGCGCAAGCAUUUCUAAAGUGUCCACUGGUGUUUGUCUUACUUGAUGAGGUAACUGGGGAAAAACCUCUAUUUUAAGGCAUUGCUAUAUAUUAUACUGUCUUUGUUAAAUUGCAUUUACACUGCCUUGCAGACAGAGGUAGAUCUUUGUGCUAAGAGUAAUGUUCAGGAAAAGUGGUGGAUAAACAGAAAGCUAUUCCCAGAUGGGGCUUUUUUGGAGGAAUUUCAGUGUUUUCCUGAUGUCUCUGUAUUCUGCCUUCUGUGUAAAGUAUCUCAUGAGGUUAUAUAGUUCAUAUCUGCUUUGAAAGGCACCACCAGCAUGCAGAGAGAUGUCUAAUCUGUUUUUUUGUAAGACAGAGCAAAAAAAAUGCUUGAGCAUCCACAACCUUCUUAAGCAUUAGAAGCAGCUGCAUAUAUUCCUAUCACUUGAAAUUUUUAAAAUUUCUAAUCCCAAUCCUUCUCACAACAGUUUCAGCCCAAUAUGGAUUUACUUUGUUUCUAUUGCUGUUGGACGUGAGAAAUGAUUGACCUUUUUUCCCCAAGUUUGUGAAUAUAGUUGUUGUGUUUAUAAUGUGUCCUUUUUGCUACACUAAGCAACAUAAAUUAAUUGGGGGGAAAAAAUGAACAAAGAUCAAGACCUUCAUAAAGAAGCAAACAAUCUCCUUCCUACAGUAUUAUAAGAAGUAGUCAUAAGCAUAUCAGCUGCUAAUUUGAUAUCAGCGCCUUGGUCAUUUUGUACAUUGCCUGUAUAUGCUUGUGCAUUAAUAAAUUCUGAUCUCACUUCUGCUUGCUGUACAAUUCCUUACUCUGUGCUCAAUUUAUGAAGCAUGCACAAUUUUUGCCUGUUUCUCCUGACACCUUCCUGUCUCUCCCUCUGCUUUGGGAGAGUUUGUGCUCUCUCUUCUAAGACCAGUCAGUCUUCAAGUUGGCUCUACUGGAGUCCAGUGUCUAUCUUCUGAUAGAUUUUUGGUUGCUCUGCUUUCCUGAAUUCAUUCUAGGAGCAUCAGGUGCCCGCCCUGCUGCUGCUUGUCCCUCUGCCCUAUACCAUGGAACCCUCACCCACACCAAGAGGUUGGGCAGCCCACCUGUAUUUUCCUACUGCUUUUCCCUUUUUCCAUUGCCCAUCACAUCAUUGGGCUUUGAAAGGCUGGGAUAUUUUGAAAGCAAUCCUCCUCCCCUGCGUUCCCUGGUUUGUCCAUCUGUCCUGUGCCUUGCUUUGUGAAGAUGCAUUACUUUUCACGUGAUAGAAAACUGGAAGUCAUUAUAUUCUGGGCUUUAAAUGUAGAUGUACUUUUUUCCCCAGUCAUUUCUGAACAAAUUCUAGUAUUCUGUCAUAAUCCUACUCAUGUGAUGUACUUUUGCAAUCAGCUGAACAAAUUCACAAUUUAAUUUACACCUGUAGUAUUUUUUCCACCUCCUCCUGCGUCUUUUACAUCAACGCAACACUCCUGUAAAUGCACAGAGGAUGCUCAGCAGGUUUGAUCCAUGAUUUUAAUUUGUGCCCCAAUGUGGAAAUCCUCCUCUCCUGUAAUUAUUACUGCUUUUCCUACUGAGGCUCAUAUCCCUGUGCAUUUACAUCAGUCCCACUGUUACAGACUUUUGUUUUACUUUGAGAAGGUGUGACCAAAAAUGUUUUUAACUUGGGGAAAAUCUGUGCUUCUUUCUAUUUCACUGUCUUUCUCCUUUAGUUACUUUCCAAAUUUAUCUGUCAGCAAAAGUGCAUAAUAAAAAAUAUUAUUUAGAAA